AUGAAGCUGGUUGUAUGUGUUAUCAUCGACAAAGAAGUGGAUGCCUUACUUCUCGUAGAGCAAACUCUUGGUCGCGGCUAUUGGUUUCCGUUUGAUGAAGUCAAGCAAAGUGAAACACGAGCUAUUGCUGCUAAACGAAUAACUAGCAAAUUAUGCCCAUAUGAUUUUGAAGUUGUUAACGUACUUAAGAUUCGUUGUAGUGAUCUAUUACCAUGUUUACCAAGUACACAAACAUAUUAUCUUAUCACUAAGGGACGCUUGGCGCGUGCAAAUGGAUCUAACUUAGUAAAUUCGAUAUGGAUGAGUUUUGAACGAAUGAAAACAGCCAUUAAAAAUCGAGAAUUACUUGGGCUUGAACCUUAUUAUUUAUUAAAAAAUAUUCUUGAACGCCAACAAGUCAAUGGUUGGGAUGAUUUCAUAUCCGGUGGACAAAUAUUUGAAGAAUCCAUCCUACAAUUUAUUGAUUGUAAACAACCUGAUCCAAAUAAUCAACUAAUUGCUUCACCACAAGAACAACUUAUGGGUUCUGCCAAAUUUAAUAUAAAAAUACAAGAACGUAUUUUUAAAGAAUUUUAUUCAUAUACCUUUCCUAGUGAAUAUAUGAGUUUUCAAGCAUUUGUCGAAGGCAUGGAUAAUAAGUUAUCUACAGGAGAAAAAAUAAAGAUACAAGCUUAUUUUCGAGCUUUUGAUGCUCAACAAAAAUCUUAUUUAACUUAUUCAGAUUAUUUACUUGGAUUAGCAGCGAUGGAUCCAAGUACUUCUCAUGGGGGCGCUCCUGCCGAACAACGUUGUCGAUAUAUAUUUCGUUUUUAUAAUCUAAAAAAUACUGGAAGUAUGACUUUGGAGGAAUUUCGAGAACUUCAUACUGAUGUUUACACUCUCCGAGCUGGUAAAACAAAUAAUGAUACUCCACCAAACAGUGAAAUUCUUUCUGCUUUUAAUUCUUUUAACGUGCAAAAUAAUAGUCUAUUACAAUUAACUGAUUUUUUAAAUUCUGUUGGUCAAUUAAAAUAUCGUGGAACAUCUGUUCUAUUUCGUCUCAGUACUAAUGUGCAAGAUUUAUUACGAAUGUGCAGACGAUAUAAAGAUGUGAAAACAGACAACCAACUUGAUCGUGGACAGUCAAAUGUAAAUUAUGAAAUAGCUGAUCAUUGUGUUACACUGAAAAAAUCUGGCACACUUGCUCAAGUCGAAUCAUUACGUUCAAUGAAUCGUAGUGAUCAAUUAAGUACAACAACAGAAAAUGCAUUGAGAAAUUUACCUCGGUCACCGUCCGAAGAAAUAUUUGAUCGAAAAACAGUAGCAACGGAUAUUCAAGAUUUAUUACGUUUCUUUGAAAAACGUGAUCAAACAAAAGAUGCUUUGAUGUGGACACCGAGUGCAUUCAUCAAUUUAGCGAAAAAUGUCGUUAGUUUAUGUAGAGAAGUGAGAGAAAUAAUUCGACGUGAACCACGAUGUGUUAAAUUAACAUCACCUUGUUAUGUACUGGGUGAUAUUCAUGGAAAUUACCAAGAUUUAGUUUGUUUUGAAAAAUCUCUCUGGCGUGCAACACCACUUCUAUCGCCAGCAUCAUUUCUAUUUCUUGGUGAUUAUGUUGAUCGUGGUAUUCAUGGACUUGAAGUUAUUAUUUAUUUAUUAGCAGCAAAAUAUCAAUGUCCAAAGAAAGUGAUACUGCUACGUGGAAAUCAUGAAAUAAGAAAAGUGCAGCAAAUGUUUAGCUUUUUCAAAGAAUGUAUUGGCAAAUUUGGUGAUAUACUUGGUAAAGAAGUAUGGGACUCAAUCAAUUCGGUGUUUGAUGUAUUACCACUUGCUGCAGUCAUUGAUGAUAAAAUUCUUUGUUUACAUGGGGGCAUUCCAAGUCCUACAUCUUGUCCUGGUGAUUUCAUUUCUACUGUGAAUGAUGUCGUUGUACCGUUGAUUGAUCCUGAAAACGAAUCACCUUUAGCCUGGGAAAUAAUGUGGAAUGAUCCCUUCUCAAUUGAUACAAAUACUAUUGGUCAAAUACCUAAUGGUGCUAACGGUGGUUUUUUUAAUAAUACACGAAGAAGUACUGGAAAUUAUUUUACAUGUGAAGCACUGCUAGCUUUCCUCGAUAAGAAUAAUUUUACACAUGUUAUACGUGCUCAUGAAGUACAACAAGUUGGUUUCAAAGUACAAUUGAGUGGCCGUCUCUUAACUGUUUUUUCAUCAUCACAUUACUGUGGUGGAACAAAUGAGGCCGCAACUGUACUUGUUGAUUCAGCAAAAUUACGAUUAAUCAGACUUGAUACAACAUAA